GUGUGGUAUGUGUCUAAAAGCGUGCAUUAGAGCAGAGCAGAAAGCACCAGCAAGCUGGUUUGACCAGAAACAGAACUGCCUGUGACAGAUUAAGAGACAAGCAAGGCUGGGAAUCUGAGAGCAAGUAAAGAGAGUGGAAAUUUACAGCUGCCCCGUGUGAGUGUUCAGUGAGCAUUUUCUGCUAACGUUUUCCGGUGGUAACUGUUACUCUUCAAAGACAGAAAGUCAAGACAGAUCUUGGAAAGUCUUUUCUCUGCCAUGCUUUGGUAAUAGGAGGCACCCUCUGUUAAAUGGGAGAUAAAGGCUACUUCAUCUAAAGUGCGUGGAGCCCCAGAGAGAGCUGUCUUCAGCACCUCACCAUGGGUCUACUUUUUGCUGCUUAGACAAGCCUGGACUUUUCUAUAACAUUGGAAUUCCCCACACUCAGUGCUUAGACUGAUGGAAGAAUUGCACAUAGCUUCACAAUCUUCAGACAUUCUGUAUUACAUGAAGAGAUUUCUGUAGAUGAAAAAAUGCCUCUGUUUAGUAAAUCACACAAAAAUCCAGCAGAAAUUGUGAAAAUUCUGAGAGACAACUUGGCCAUUUUGGAAAAGCAAGACAAAAAGACAGAUAAGGCUUCAGAAGAAGUGUCGAAAUCACUGCAAGCGAUGAAAGAAAUUCUGUGUGGGACAAGUGACAAGGAGCCCCCAGUGGAAGCCGUGGCCCAGCUCUCACAGGAGCUCUACAACACCGGGCUGCUGGUGACACUCAUAGCCGACCUACAGCUGAUAGACUUUGAGGGAAAAAAGGAUGUGACCCAGAUAUUUAACAACAUCCUGAGAAGACAGAUAGGCACUCGGAUUCCUACCGUGGAGUACAUUAGUGCUCAUCCUCACAUCCUGUUUAUGCUCCUCAAAGGCUAUGAAGUCCCACAGAUCGCCUUACGUUGCGGUAUUAUGCUGAGAGAAUGUAUUCGACAUGAACCACUUGCCAAAAUCAUCCUCUUUUCUAAUCAAUUCCAAGAUUUCUUUAAGUAUGUCGAACUGUCAACAUUUGAUAUCGCUUCAGAUGCCUUUGCUACCUUUAAGGAUUUACUAACCAGACAUAAAGUGUUGGUAGCAGACUUCUUAGAACAAAAUUAUGACACUAUUUUUGAAGACUAUGAGAAACUGCUUCAGUCUGAGAAUUAUGUGACUAAGAGACAAUCUUUGAAGCUGCUAGGUGAACUGAUCCUGGACCGGCACAACUUUGCCAUCAUGACCAAGUACAUCAGCAAGCCAGAGAACCUCAAACUGACGAUGAACCUCCUCCGGGAUAAAAGCCCCAACAUCCAGUUUGAAGCCUUUCAUGUCUUUAAGGUGUUUGUGGCCAGUCCUCACAAAACACAGCCUAUUGUGGAGAUUCUUCUGAAAAACCAACCCAAACUCAUCGAGUUUCUGAGCAACUUCCAAAAAGAAAGAACCGACGAUGAGCAGUUCACUGAUGAGAAGAACUACCUGAUUAAACAGAUUCGUGACUUGAAGAAAGUGGCCCCUUGAAGUCCCACCGAGUUUCCUGCCACCGUCACCAUCUCAUUUAUUCAGUUCGUAUGAGAAGUGUCAUUUCAAAAAGUAGCCAUUCCUGGGAAGGCUGUUUUUUCUCAAUCUGUCAUUCAGGGUAGAUGGAAUAUAAUCUUUUGAAUGAAAAAAAAAAUUAAUUUAGAAUAAUAUAUUCAUUCUAACCUGUGAUUAUUUAUAUGAAAUCAGAGCCAUUGUAUUGGAAAGUUGAUAAAAGCAACUUUAACCUUUCUUAAUGAAAGGCAGCAAGGCUGUGGGCUUACAGAUGAGCCCUCAGUCACCAUGAGCCACCAAGUAGUGGGAACUCGAAGGAUGGAUGUCACCCAGUCCUCAAAGAGGGUUAAAUUCUCAGAAGAGAAUUGGAAGUUGGGGCAAGAUGCACAAAACUGUUUUUCCCAUCUGCAGUUGGACCCACAAAUUUCUUAAGGCACUAAGAAAAUAAGAUCCAUAUUUUCAGCCAUUACAUAUUCUCUUCCCUGCCCACAUCUUUUAACCGUAAUCAUUCAUUCUUAACUUCCUAGGAAACCAAUACCCUCCUUUCUGCUUAUGACCCCACAUUCUAUCUCGAUGAAUCUCCUCUGUACACCUGACUCAUGGUACAAAUGCACGCGUGCACACACACACACACACACACACCCUACUCUGACCAGGUUAGCAUGGAACCAACUAGGUGUAAACAGGAUGGUCUAACAAGGAUCACAGGCAUGGAGGACCCACCGGGGUAGGACCAGCUCACUUGAAAACUUGUACCAGAUGGUUAAGAACACAGCUCUAGCAGAAGUAAUUGCUGUUUCACAGACUUCUAUAGGGUUAGUGAAUAUUUGGAAUAUUUCAUUCAUACUUCUUAAUUUGGGAAAGAAGUUUUGUGGUGAAAGUGUUUUUCAGAGUAAGAAUUAUUGCAUCGAGAUGCCUAGUGUGUGCAAAACCACAGGUCCAGAGGGUCACACAGGGCUCUAGACUACUUAUACAUAAGGGAACACUGCAGUUGGAAGGACAAAUGAUUACAUGCGUGAAACAUCCUCAAAGGACUGAAAAAAUUUUCACUCUAAUUUCUAAUCUGUCAUUGUAAUUUCACAUCAGAUUCUUCACUGAAAAAGUUUCUGUAAAAAUGUUGUUCUCAAAUACUCUCUUGCAUACUAGGAUGAUUUAGGAAUUAAUUUGUGUUUUUUUUAAAUAAAGGUCACGGUUUGUUUUCAGACAUCAAGUGUACAAAAUGGAAUUUUAAAGCUAUAUUUACAAGACAUUAAAGGUACAAUUGUUAGUUCUCUAUUUUUUUUUAAUGAUUCUGUUUCCAGAUCAUGAAUUGGUACCUUCCAGAGGAAUCUUCACUUUUUGUAAUGUAGGGUACUGUGUUUUUGAACCAGAUAUUUCUCCAACCGGAGAGGGGAAGAUCCCUCUCCAGGAUCCAUGCUCUUGUAGAUUUAGCAUCUGAAGCAUUGCCUGGCGUGGCUUCAUCCUUCUUGGCUACGUUUACUCCUGCCCCCAGGCCCAGCGAUGAAUUCUGAGGCAGAUGCGGGAGCUUCUUGUAGCAGCACUGACCAGUGCUGGACCGUCUGGUGGCCUUCAGUCUUGCAUCACUGAGGUCAGAUUAUUUUUAUAACAUUCCCUGACAGUCCAGAGUCUCUUCGAAUCUGACUUUUCUGGUUUUGUUUGUUUAAAAGAGAUGAGUGUAAAUAUUUUAAAGAAAGAAAGAAGGCGCAGCAAUGACUAUUGGAAACUUAUUUCAUUGCUUAAAUACUGUCCCACACAUCAUGGGACACGUGCUUUCAAGUGGAAAGCAAAACCUUGUUAGAAUUCUUUUUUUUGAUAGUAAAACAUAUUUUAUUUCCUCUGAGCUUGAAUUAGCUCUUUCCUAGCAAACCGCUGUAAUAAAUGAAGUAGCUGGGGUUUUGCUGUGAUACAAAUUUGUAAAUUAUUAGUGUGAGAAAGAGGGAGCCAAAAGCUCACAGCUAAAGCACGUUUGCAUAAAAGUCACUGUACAUAUUGUGAGAUAUGAGUUUCGAAAAGGUCAUAUUUAAUAAGUCAUUUCAAAAGCACACAUUUAAAUAAAGAUUGACUAAAUGAAAAGGUGCCACACA